AUGAAUGAAGAUCUGAAGGUUAAUUUGAGCUGGCUGCCUGAGGAUCAUGUAGAAGCCAGCUCUACCGAGAAUGCCUCAGCUGCAGGCUCCUCCCUGGUUCCUGUCGUAGACCCAGAGCCAGAGCUUUUGGUAAACCCCUGGGACAUUGUCUUGUGUACUUCAGGGACCCUUAUCUCCUGCGAAAAUGCCGUUGUGGUUCUUAUAAUUUUCCAUAAUCCCAGUCUUCGUGCCCCCAUGUUCCUCCUGAUAGGCAGCCUGGCACUGGCAGAUCUCUUAGCGGGCAUUGGAUUGAUCAUCAAUUUUGUUUUCGCAUACCUUCUGCAAUCAGAAGCUACGAAACUGGUUACGAUUGGACUGAUUGUUGCCUCUUUCUCGGCAUCUGUCGGCAGCUUGCUGGCUAUUACUGUUGAUCGUUACCUCUCCCUGUAUUACGCUUUGACUUAUAAUUCAGAGAGGACUGUCACGUUUACCUAUGUCAUGCUUAUAUUGCUCUGGGGAGCAUCUAUCUGUAUUGGACUGCUGCCUGUAAUGGGCUGGAACUGCCUCAGAGAUGAAUCCACCUGCAGUGUUAUCAGACCGCUCACUAAAAAUAACGCAGCUGUCCUUUCGGUCUCUUUCUUGCUUAUGUUUGCCCUCAUGCUGCAGCUUUACAUUCAAAUCUGUAAAAUAGUGAUGCGCCAUGCCCAUCAGAUUGCCUUGCAACACCAUUUCCUGGCCACUUCCCACUAUGUGACCACCCGAAAAGGAGUGUCCACUUUGGCCAUUAUUUUGGGGACUUUUGCUGCUUGCUGGAUGCCUUUUACGCUCUAUUCUUUAAUAGCAGAUUACACCUAUCCUUCUAUAUACACCUAUGCCACCCUCCUGCCGGCUACCUACAAUUCCAUCAUCAAUCCUGUAAUAUAUGCUUUUAGAAACCAGGAGAUACAGAAAGCACUUUGGCUCAUCUGUUGUGGCUGUGUUCCUUCUAACCUGUCUCAGAGAGCAAGAUCGCCCAGCGAUGUCUGA